AUUUUUAAACUUCAAAUGCAAAUCGUGUUUGACAGCUUUUCUUUCAGACAGCAAACAUAAGCCUCCAGUCCCUAACAAGGCUUCAGACAGACCUGGCUUUGUUCAGAGAUCUCUUGAACCAUGUCUGGUUCUCAACAGAGAGGUCGUCAGGGCGGGACCCACGGUCGGGGUCAAAGUUCGGUUGAAGAGUACCUUCACGUUGUCACACACGAAGAAGCUGCUCUUCUCACUGCCUCAGGAAAUCAGUUUCCAUUUCAAGAGAUCAAACAGAAGACGGGUGCUGAUGUCCUGUUUGACCCCUACCCGUCACCCGUGCCGGACACGAAGCUUGUCAUCAUCCAUGGCUCCCGUUCUCAGAUCGAGGCGGCUGUUAGACUCAUAAACAAGAAGACAGGGACUAAGGAAUCUCUGUCAACACAAGCCCAGACAUUCUGGCUGCAGUGGGUCGAGGAGGCCUUCCCUGAACUCGACUCUCGCGCCUACUUCCUGCCUCCUGUCUAUGUCAAUCGUGUCCCGAUGACCAGACAGUCCUUUGCUAGUCAGAAUGUUCUGGUCCUUCAACAAGCUGGACAGGCUGGUCAGUUAGCACCUCAAGGUGGUCAGUCAAUGGCGUCCUCCUUUCCUCAGCCUCCUAUCGUCCAAGACAGUGAUGUCAGAGAUGACACAGCCAUGCAGCGGGUUCUACUUUGUCUACAGAAAAUGUCUGAAGAAAACAAAGAAGUUUUGCUUGGAAUAAGUCAGCUUGAGUUCGAACAGUACCUGAGUGAAUCUUGUUACACUGCCGCGGCUGCCAAGCUUUCCCUACCCGCCAACCUUCCUCCUGCUCUACCCAGAAAGUGGAAACAGGGUGACUUUGAUGUGCUGCUUAUUCACCGACAUUACGGUUUGGUCGUCUGCGAGGUGAAGUCCGUUGGUCACACAAUUCAACAAGUAAGCAUAUCACCUCAGGAUGCUGAUAACAUUAGAAAGAAACUGAAAGUCGCUGUCUCACAGCUGGACAAGGCGGAGGCCAUGUUGUCACACCUGGUGUCUGACAUCGCUCCAGGUUUGCGCAUCACUAAGACGAUCGGGUUGCCUAACCUCACAGGUCAUCAGGCACAACAGGCCAUCUCUAGUGACCCACAACUGAUCAAGGACCUGUGCCGGUGUCUGGGAACCCAAGAUCCAGCCGACAUCCCUGGUCUCUGUCUCUGCUCUGACCAGUUGUCUGACCAACGUGCACCCUGGGAUGUCAGCAGCAACGUGCUGAGGGAGCUUGGCAACUGGUGGCAGCGACGUGUGGCUGGGUCAGGACCUGACAGUCACAUGACCUCUGACGUGUACAAGAACCUUGCAGCCAGAUUUUCUGGUCCAGCUACCACAGUGGUUGUACCCUACACGUCCCCUCCCCGCAUGAGUCUCAAGACCCUGGGUCAGGCCGUGUCCCACACAGGAGAGUGCUACACCGCCCUGAUGACCCUUUACCCCGAGCAAGUUCACCUGCUCAACAUGGCGCCUUGCAAACUCUUUGUUGCCGGACCGCCAGGCACAGGUAAAAGCGUGGUGCUGCUGCUGAUGGGUGCAAAAUGGCUGCUGCUUGGUGUCGACGUCUACAUACUCAGUGUCGCCCCCUGGAGUCGCGCAGCAAACAUUAUGUUGUGCCACCUGCUGAAGCAGUCUGUAAACAUACAACAGGUAACAGGUGUCUCACCUGGUCAGGUUCACUUCCUGCAGUAUGAUUUCACUGACAAGGAACAAGUGGAGAAGGCCGUGAAGGAUUUGUCACAGGUGGGGGAGACCUUGUACCUCAUCAUUGAUGAAGCGACACCUGAACUGCUAUCAGGAAACUUCCAGAAAUUUGUUGCCAAGCUGCGAGCGGAAGUUCUGUUUCUCAAUCUGUGGGCGGCAGGUUGUUCACGACCAGAUAUUCCCUACUGGCAAGUGGAAUAUUUAACCAGACCCCUCCGCUCUCCCCCAGCCAUCGUCAGGGAAGUCGAGCAGGACAGUUAUUUCACUGAUCUUAUUAUUCCGUACAGUAAGCGUGAUGUACCCGACCACACAGACGGACCGACAGUAAAGCGGGUGUGUCACCGAGGUCAGGGUCACAGUAGGGACGUCAUUGCUGACUGUGUCACGUGCGGUCGGGAGGUCGCCAGCAUCCUGCGCAGUCUUCGUGUUGGUGAGCCGGUGAAUGUCACGACAACUUCUGCGACUGCCACCUCCACCAGCGGCGGGACAGCACCACCCGGCCUGCAGUGGAGGGACGUGCUAGUGUUGGCUUGGAGCGACUUCAGUGAUUACCGGGGUAUGGCGAGGGCGCUGGGUGACGCGGGUAUUCCAGCGCAGGUGAUGAAGGAUGACGACCUCGAGGACAUGGCCACGGCCCGCAGUGACGUGGUGUGGCUGGCCAGCAGACAUCAUGUUCGUGGUUUGGAGAGAAAAGUUAUCGUCUGUAUCAAUGAUCCUUCCAUUUUUUCUACUCGAUUUGAACUCAUGUCUAGGUGUACGUCACAGCUAGUGAUUAUCUCCACUGAACGCCAGCCUCCUAAACAAUAACACACACACACACACGUAUACAUACACACGUACACA